CUUCUCUCUUCUCUCGUCCUCAUCUUCUUUCCCCUUCUUGAUCUUCUUGUUGAGGUCUGGGAGCUGAUCUACUAUCAGCUACUUAUUACCUAGUUGCAUCUGUUUUGAACUCACCCUGCCUCCCAGAUACCAUCCAGACCGCAAGGUCCUUGUCACCCUACUCACAUCAAUCCAUCAAGAAUUUCUACCUCAAUCGUCCCAUAACUCAUUCUAUUCAUCAUGAGAGUCAUUCCGGCCUCUUUGCUGGUCGGAGCGGCCACUGCGGCCGUCUCUUCUCCCUUCCAGCAGGUCUUGGGCGACCUCAAGUCCAACCUUGAGUCGAACCUCAAGUCCGGAGUCGAGAGUUCCUCCAAGCCCCUGCACGCUUUCCAGGAGCAAUUGAAGACCCUUUCAGGUGAUGCUCGUAAGCUGUGGGAGGAAGUUGCUAGCAGCUUCCCCGAGAGCAUGGACCAGAACCCUCUCUUCUCUCUCCCUAAGAAGCACAACCGUCGUCCUGACUCUCACUGGGACCACGUCGUUCGUGGUGCCGAUGUCCAGGAUAUCUGGGUCACUGGUGCCAAUGGUGAGAAGGAGCGGGAGAUUGAUGGUCGUCUGGAUGCCUACGAUCUCAGGGUCAAGAAGACCGACCCUGCCUCUCUAAACAUUGAUCCCAACGUCAAGCAAUACACCGGUUAUCUUGAUGAUAACGAGAACGACAAGCACCUGUUCUACUGGUUCUUCGAGUCUCGCAACGACCCCGCAAACGACCCCGUCGUCUUGUGGCUGAACGGAGGUCCCGGUUGCUCGUCGUUGACCGGUUUGUUCAUGGAACUUGGGCCUAGCAGCAUCAAUGAGAACAUUAAGCCCAUCUACAAUGACUUCUCGUGGAACUCCAAUGCCUCCGUCAUCUUCCUUGACCAGCCCGUCAACGUCGGUUACUCCUACAGUGGUUCUGCCGUUAGUGACACUGUUGCUGCUGGCAAGGACGUCUAUGCUCUGCUUUCUCUCUUCUUCAAGCAGUUCCCCGAAUAUGCUAAGCAGGACUUCCACAUUGCCGGAGAGUCCUACGCUGGCCACUACAUUCCUGUCUUCGCGUCCGAGAUCCUGUCCCACAAGAAGCGCAACAUCAACCUCAAGUCUGUGCUGAUUGGCAACGGUCUCACCGAUGGCUUGACUCAGUAUGAGUACUACCGUCCCAUGGCUUGUGGUGACGGUGGUUACCCUGCUGUCUUGGAUGAGGCCUCUUGCCAGUCCAUGGACAACGCUUUGCCUCGCUGCUUGUCUAUGAUUGAGUCCUGCUACAGCUCCGAGAGCGCCUGGGUCUGUGUUCCUGCUUCCAUCUACUGUAACAACGCUCUCCUGGCUCCUUACCAGCGUACUGGACAAAAUGUCUACGAUGUCCGUGGCAAGUGCGAGGACGACUCCAACCUCUGCUACAAGGGCCUGGGUUAUGUCAGCGACUACUUGAACAAGCCCGAAGUCAUCGAGGCUGUUGGUGCUGAGGUCCAGGGCUAUGACUCCUGCAACUUCGACAUCAACCGCAACUUCCUCUUCCACGGUGACUGGAUGAAGCCCUACCACCGUCUCGUUCCGGGUCUGCUUGAGCAGAUUCCCGUCCUGAUCUAUGCUGGUGAUGCUGACUUCAUCUGCAACUGGCUCGGUAACAAGGCCUGGACCGAGGCUCUCGAGUGGCCCGGCCAGGAGGAGUACGCCUCGCUCCCCUUGGAGGACCUCAAGAUCGUCGACAACGAGCACAAGGGCAAGAAGAUUGGCCAGAUCAAGUCCCACGGCAACUUCACCUUCAUGCGCCUCUACGGCGGUGGCCACAUGGUCCCCAUGGACCAGCCCGAGUCCAGUCUGGAGUUCUUUAACCGCUGGUUGGGCGGUGAAUGGUUCUAGAUCGGAUUUGAUGCUAUUGCUGUUUGAUAUAAGCUAAAUACUUGCAUCUGACUGCAUGCGAUGUAGUAUCAGCUUUCCUUUUACUCCCUUGUGAUUUGCUUGCGGUGUGUGUCUGCCUGUCACAGAGGUUCAUGUCAUGUCGCACACGGGAUCUAUGACCACAUGAUAGCUGUACUUUGCUACGUUUAUAUGAGAUUACAUUUGCUAGAAUCGAUGGAAUGAUCAAAUAUUAUUUUUCAAGGGG